AUGUCACUCACCUCUAGUGCUUGGAUCUUCUUGAACAUCCUGCUCUUGCUCCCAUUAGUUACCCCAGUCUCUACCGCUUCCCACGCCAUCCCAAUCAAUGGUACAUGUCAUGACACAUGCGGCACAAUCCCCAUAAAGUUCCCAUUCGGCACCGGUUUUGGAUGUGGGCAUCCUGACUUUGCCAGGUACAUAAAAUGCAGCUCCGGCACGCUCCAGUUCUCUACUGGCACUGGCAUUUACACUAUUUCCUCCAUCGACUACCCGAGCAGCACCAUAUUUGUUACAGACCCUCUCAUGUCAACUUGUUCUUCAAUGCAAAACUCUGGGAGCUUCAGCUUAGACAGGGCAAGCCCCUUCACUAUAACUGAAGAUGAUAUCUUUGUUUUACUCGGUUGCUCUACAACCUCUCCUGUGUUUGAUCUUGAUGAAGAGCUUUGUGAUACUGGCUCAGGUUCUCGUAUCUGUAGAGGGCUGUAUUCUUGCAAGGGAGUGAGUGGCAUUGGACUGCCACAAAAUGCGCCCAUUUCCACAUGUUGUGUUUAUGAAUCUCCGAGAGGCCUUGGGUCAGGUUAUGCUUUGGACCUUCCUAAGCUCCAGUGUUCAUCAUAUACAUCAAUAUCUGGGUUUGGGGAUGAUGCUGGGGAUCCGAUGCAAUGGAAAUUUGGAAUCUCUUUGCAAUAUAAUGAUUCGUAUUCUUCUGAUAAGUGUAAGGAUUGUGAAGCAAGUGGGGGUUUGUGCGGUUUUGCUGGCUUGGACCAGUCAUUUGCCUGUAUUUGUAGAAAUGGGGUGAACAGCAGCAACAACUGCCUCGGACGAGGGUUUGCUUGGAGUGGGACAGUGGGACUAAAAAUUCAAAUGGAGAUGGUUCUUGGAGGUUGCUUUGGUUCUUAUACGCGUCUUACAGAAGUAAAACGUUACCGUUUACACUAA